UCGAAUCCAGAAAGGGAACCGCCAAUCAUUGUUACAGCUUCAAGUCCACCUGAGGGUCCCACCAAUCCUGCAGCUUUCAUUUUUAUCUAUGGACUUGGCGAUGAUGGGGUUGGAUUAGAAAACGUUCCUGGCCAGUUCCGCUCGGUCUCAAAACUCUCUCACUUGUCUUGGAUUCUUCCCAAUGCCCUCGAGAACCACGAAACUAUACAAACUGCCUGGUAUAUACCAACGGCCUUGUCUUCAUAUCCGUCAUCGUGCCUAGAAUUGGAGGAUGAGGGGGAUGAUGCUGGGAUGAAGUCGAGCAUAGCUUACCUGGUUUCCCUAAUCGAUGAUCUAGUUGCCAAAAGGGUACCCGAGAAAAGUGUUGUUUUAGGUGGCUUCUCUUAGGGAUGCGCCAUGACGCGUCUUACGGGUCUUACAUCGAAGUAUGCCAGCAAGCUAGGUGACUUGGUAGAUGUUUCUGGAUACCUUCCUGUGGCAGACAAGGUUUCUGCGCUGAGGGAAGAGGCUGGGUUGAUAAAAUAUGUCGACGCAGGCGUUGACAUAUUCCUAGCAAGAGGGAAAGAGAUACGCUCGUGUCUCAACGACACUUCAGAAUAUGUUAUGAAACGCUAUUCGGGUUGGGCAUAAAGCAGGAGAAGGUGCUUGUGAAGGAAUAUGAAGAAAUGGGCCACGUGAUAUUAGGACCAGAGCUGAAAGAUCUUUGCAAAUGGUUGGGGAGAAUAGUUUCCGCGUUG